UUGAAAGUGUCAAAAGCUAUUAAAAUGAAGUGGACAGAGCAUGCAAAUUUUACUUAUAAAACACAGUAAAAUUCCCAUUUAUUACAUGCUAAGGGGAAAACAUAUGGCUCAACAUGCUUGUAUCAUCCUUCUUCCUCUACUUCUUGUUGUAAUAAAAGAUUCCAUUCCAUGUGUUACUGACAAUGAUUGUCCAUGGAAGCCUUUACCCUUAGUUAUGAGGUGCAUUACCAAUAUUUGUCAGUACAGACUAGUUUAAUAGUUAAGAUUUUCAAGAGUUUGAAUAUGUAUUAGCAACUACAUUGGAAAGCAUCGAGAAUAUGAAAAAGGCUAAAGUAUUUAAAUGAUGAGUUCUUCUAAUUCUAGUCAAGCUCAAGCAAAAGAACAAGAUGAUUCCAUCAAACCUUUAUGGAAGUAUGUUACAAAGAUUAAAAAAGCGAGUGCCGGAGGUGGAAACAGUGAAAUUCAAUGUCAUCUUUGUAAGAUAACUUUUAGUGGGUUUUAUACUAGAGUGAGAGCACACUUGUUGAAGAUAUCGGGACAAGGCGGAAAAGUUUGUAAACAAGUAACAACCGACAAACUUUUAGAUUUAACCAGGAUGGACAAUGAAUAUACAUUGAAGAUGGAAAGGCUAAAAACAAAACUAGUCUCUUUGCCUCCAAUUUCUAGUGCACCCCAAGAUUCUUCCACCCUAAAUAUCACUGUUGAACCAAAAAAGAGAAAGACAUCAACACUAGAAGCUGCCUUUAAUCUGCAAUCUAGAGAAGCACUGGAUUAUAGAAUUGCUAGGAUGUUCUAUUCUGCAGGGCUACCAUUUCAUUUAGCAAGAAAUCCUCACUUUAGGGAGGCUUUUUCUUAUGCUGCCAACAAUUCUAUACCUGGUUAUCAACCCCCAACUUAUAACAAACUAAGGACUACAUUACUUCAAAAUGAGCGGAACCAUGUGGAAAACUUGUUGCAGCCGAUAAAAAGUACAUGGAAUCAAAAGGGUGUGACUAUUGUUAGUGAUGGAUGGAGUGAUCCACAGAGAAGACCUCUUAUUAAUUUCAUGGUUGUCACAUAGAGUGGACCUAUGUUUCUAAAAGCGGUAAAUUGCUUUAAUGAGGUAAAAGAUAGAGAAUUCAUUGCUAAAUGCAUCAGAGAUGUAAUUAUGGAAGUUGGACCUUCAAAUGUUGUGCAGGUAGUGACGAAUAAUGCACCUGUUUGUAAGGCAGCGGGUUUAAUUAUCGAGGCUGAGUUUCCUUCUAUUUACUGGACCCCAUGUGUUGUGCAUACAUUAAAUCUUGCUUUGAAGAACAUAUGUGCAGCCAAGGAUACUGAAAAAAAUAGUAUUGUUUAUAAAGAGUGUUCCUGGAUCACCAGAGUUGCGGAUGAUGCAAUGUUUAUCAAGAACUUUGUCAUGGGUCACUCUAUGAGAUUGUCAAUUUUCACUUCAUUUAGUCCAUUAAAGUUGCUUUCGGUUGCUUCAACAAGAUUUGCAUCCACUAUUGUAAUGCUUAGGAGAUUUAAGCUUUUGAAGACGGGACUCCAACAAAUGGUGAUUAGUGAGCAAUGGUCUUCUUACAAGGAUGAUGAUGUUCAAAAGGCACAAUUUGUGAAGGAUACCUUGUUGGAUGAUAAUUGGUGGGAAAAAGUCGACUAUAUACUUUCUUUCACUAAUCCUAUUUAUGAUGUUCUUAGAAGAACCGACACGGAAGCUGCAUGUCUUCAUCUAGUUUAUGAAAUGUGGGAUUCAAUGAUUGAAGAUGUCAAGAAGGCCAUAUAUACGCAUGAAGGAAUAUCAAAUGCUGAAAUUUCAACCUUUCAUCAGGUAGUCCAUGCUAUAUUAAUUGACCGCUGGACUAAGAGUAGCACACCUCUCCAUUGCCUAGCUCAUUCUUUAAAUCCAAGGUAUUAUAGUAUAGAAUGGCUAAGUGAAGAUCCUAAUAGAGUCCCUCCACAUCAAGACAUUGAGCUUACUGAUGAAAGAGAAAAAUGUUUUAGAAGGGUGUUUCCUGAUGCAGAUGAAAGGAGGACAGUGAAUAUAGAGUUUGCAAACUUCUCUGAUGGAAGAGAAGGUUUUGGCAAUCUCGAUGCCAUUGUUGAUAGAGAUAAAAUGGAUCCAAAAACAUGGUGGUUGGUUCAUGGUGCUCGAGCUCCAUUACUUCAAAAGGUUGCGCUUAAGCUACUUGCACAACCUUGUUCAUCAUCAUGUUGUGAAAGAAAUUGGAGCACAUAUUCAUUUAUCCAUUCUUUGAAAAGAAACAAGAUGGCACCACAUCGAGCAGAAGCUUUAGUAUUUGUGCAUAGUAACCUUCGACUUCUAUCAAGGAACACUCCCCAAUAUCAUCAAGAGGAAACUAAAAUGUGGGAUGUCGCUGGAGAUGAGUUUGGAUCAUUAGACGACAGUGGAUUUCUUGAAGUUGCUAACUUGUCUUUGGAUGAGCCCGGCUUAGAGGCUGGUUUUAUCAAUAAUAUAUAGUGACUAUGAUAUGAUUUAUAUUAUUUUGUUUUGGGGGAUUCAUGUCUUUUUUUUAUUGAAAGUACUAAGUUUAAAUAAAUAUAAUUUUUGCUUCUCAUUUUAAA